CCUCUUCCUCCUCCUCCUCGUCUGCCAGCCCAUCGCUCCUCUGCUGCAGCAUCAAAACUAAAUCUGAGAAAUCUCAUCUGCUGGCGCUGCUUUCGCAAGGUGAAAAUCACCUGGAGGUUUCCUGUGGAUUUUGUUUGAGGAAUCGUCCGCAGACAUGUCGCCUUUCCUGCGGAUCGGCUUCUCCAACUUUGAGAUGGAUCCCGGUCUGGCGUACCACGAGGAGGUGCUGAGCCCGUACUGUGCCGUCUACAUGAAGGAGGCCAUCGACACAGAAAAAGGUCAAGUGUACAAGCAGAAGAAGCCGACCAUGUACCCGCCGUGGAGCACUACGUUCGAUGCCCACAUCCACCGCGGCCGCAUCAUGCACGUGAUGGUGAAGGACCAGACGGCCGAGCUGAAGUCUGAGGCCACGGUGGCUUUGGACACGCUGGCGACGCGGUGCAAGAAGGAGAACGGCAAGCUGGAGAUCUGGCUGGAGCUGAAGCCUCAGGGUCGCCUGCUCAUGGAGGCCAGAUAUUACCUGGAGAAGAGCGACGCCGCGGGUAAGACGGAGGGAGACCCGGAGUCUGAGCCGGAGAGAGACGGAUUGUUCGCCCUCCAUCAGCGACGCGGUGCCAUCAAACAGGCCAAAGUUCACGUCGUCAAAUGUCACGAGUUCAGCGCCACGUUCUUCCCUCAACCGACCUUCUGCUCCGUCUGCAAAGAGUUUGUUUGGGGUCUGAACAAACAGGGUUACCAGUGCAGACAAUGCAACGCAGCGAUCCACAAAAAAUGCAUCGACAAAGUUAUCGCCAAAUGCACCGGCUCAGCCGUGAACAGCAAAGAAACGAUGAUCCACAAGGAGCGCUUCAAGAUCGACAUGCCGCACCGGUUCAGAGUCUACAACUACAAAAGUCCCACCUUCUGCGAACACUGCGGGACUCUGCUGUGGGGACUCGCCAAGCAGGGGCUCAAAUGUGAGGAGUGCAGCAUGAACGUUCAUCACAAGUGUCAGACGAAAGUCGCCAACCUCUGCGGCGUCAACCAGAAGCUGAUGGCUGAAGCUCUGGCCGUCAUCGAGAGCACGCAGCAGGCCCGAAGCACCAAAGACAGUGACAUCAUCGGUCGAGAAGGUCCAGUAAGCGUCGGUCAGGCCGGAGUAGUCCGAGCUCCGUCGGGGUUAAUCAUGGGAUUACCGGCCUCAGCUACGCCUGCGAACAAAGAGCUGCAGGGGAUUUCAUGGGACGGGCCCACAGACUUCGGCGGGUCGGUCGCCGAGGUGUCGACACAGGAGGAGCCGCUGUACGCCGUCCCGAGGAAAGAUCACCACGCCAAGUUCGCCUUGGAAGACUUUGUCCUGCACAAGAUGCUCGGGAAGGGCAGCUUCGGAAAGGUGUUUUUAGCCGAGCUGAAGAAGAGCGGCCAGUUCUUCGCCAUCAAGGCUCUGAAGAAGGACGUGGUCCUGAUGGACGACGACGUCGAGUGCACGAUGGUGGAGAGGAGGGUUCUGUCUUUAGCCUGGGAAAAUCCUUUCCUCACGCACCUUCACUGCACCUUCCAGACCAAGGAGAACCUGUUCUUCGUGAUGGAGUAUCUGAACGGAGGAGAUCUAAUGUUCCACAUCCAGAGCGUCCGCAAGUUUGACCUGCACAGAGCCACCUUCUACGCAGCCGAGAUCAUCUGUGGGCUCCAGUUCCUUCACUCGAAGGGAAUCAUUUACAGAGACCUGAAGCUGGACAACGUGCUGCUGGACUCCGAGGGUCAUAUAAAGAUCGCAGACUUUGGCAUGUGUAAGGAAAACAUGCAGGACGACCUGAGGACCUCCACCUUCUGUGGGACGCCCGACUACAUCGCCCCUGAGGUGACGUCACGCUCAAUACACGCCAUCGUAGCCUGA